CUCUGGCUCGUGCACCUUUGUACAGCCAGGUGUGCACUCCUGCUGUCACUCUGCAGUGUCACACAUGCGCAGGGCUCUGUGCAGAGCCAGGGAAGGCAGGACAGCAGCUCUGCUGUGCUCUGUUACUGAGCAACAGAUCCAACCUGGCCUGGCAAGACAGAAUUCAGCCAAAAGGUGAUUCACCUGCACACAGGAGCAGCUGCCUGCUCGCACAGCCCAGCCUGCAGAGUCAUUCAUGAAGGGAUUUCUGAUCGUCCUGGCUGGAGUUUCAGUGCUGGGCGUUGUGACUACAGAGAGAUCAUCAUGUCUGAAACGUGCAGUAUUCUCUUCCACAAACUUUGAGAACAUCCUGACAUGGGAAACAGAGGCAGAUAUUCCCCCUGGCACCGUGUUUGAUGUCCAGUACAAACAGUAUGGGGAGAAAUCCUGGCUCAGCAAGCAGGAGUGCCAGAGCAUCACCCAGCUCUUCUGCAACCUCAGCAGGGAGACGGAGAACUUCACGGAGCAUUUCUACGGGCGGGUGCGGGCGCGGGGCUGCUCCUCCAGCUGGGUGCGCUCCGAGCGCUUCGAGCCCCGCAAGGAGACCAUCAUAGGGCCCCCCCAGGUGGAACACGUCCCCCAGAGCCGCUCCAUCAGGUUCCUGAUCCGGCCCCCGCUGACGCCCCUGCGCGGGGAGGACCAGCAGCAGCUCACCGUGGAGGACAUCUACAGCAAAUUCGGGGCUGUGGAUUAUCACCUGAUAAUAUUCAACCAGAGGACACAGCAGCAGUGGACAAAGAAUGAGCACAACAAAGAAUUUGAAGUUUCCAACCUGGACCCAGACACUGAAUACAACGGGACAGUUUAUAUCUGUCUGCUCCAGAGAAGGAGCAAACCUCAGGUGUUUUGGGUCAAAACUCUGGCAGACAAGACGUGGAUUCUCUACUGUCUGGUGGCCUUGGCCUUCUGUGCUGGGCUGGUUUUUGCUGCCACCGCUUAUGUGAGCUACAAAUACAUCAAACAGCGCAGUGCCCAGCCCAGGGCCCUGGACUUCAGAGGGAUUCCAUCCUUCCAGCCUCUCACCCUGACAGUGGAGCACAUCAUAAAGCCCCUCAGCUUCUCCAAACCUUCCCCUUUCAUCCCUGAAGUGCAGCUGGCCCAGAUGAGCCAACACCUGGAGCCAGCACGUCCCUCCUGUCCCUACCAGCAGCAGGUGGAUGUCCCAGCAGUGCAGCUGCCCCCUCAGCGCUGCCAGGUGGAAAUGCCAGCUGCCAUCACUGCCUACACUCCUCAGAAAGCUGAGCAGGGCAUUGCUGCUGCCCCAGGCAGCUCCAGCCUGGCCCUGACCUACGGGCUGUGCGUGGAGGGCACGGACAGGAGCUCCCAGCCAGAACAGAGGCUGAAGGAAUCUUCUCCACAUCUGAAGGAAUCUUCUCCAGAUGGUUCUGAGGAUGGAGAGCUCCGAACCCACGGGCUGGGGAAGAGCUGCAGCCACUGGGAUUACAGAGAGCAGCAGCCAAAGGUGGCCCUGUGGAAGAGCAGGGACAGACUGGAGUCAGUGGUGAUCCAGGGGAGCCCCGGGCAGACGCUGCUGCAGACCUUCACUGGGUGA